CGCGUCGUCGGAGCUCGCGAGAAGCGGAAGCGGCGACCUUUUACCCUCUCUCUCUUCGAUCUCUUUUUUGGUCGCAUUUGGUAUCAAGGCGAUUGACCAUGGAGAGGUACCCUCGCCGGCAGGUCCCUGUCCCUAUCGAUGUCGUCGCCGAGAUCCUCGUGCGGCUUCCAGUGAAAUCCCUGAUCCGAUUCCAGUGCGUAUCCAAGACCUGGCGUUCUCUAAUUCUCGACCCUUCUUUCAUGCACUCCCACCGCCGCCGUUCGCAACAAAAACCAUUCUUACUUAUCGUAGAGAACUGCUGGAUGGGGAGCGACACCUUCACAAUCUUUUCUCUAACAAACGAAGCUAUGCUUGAAGAAUGCUGCAACUCUCCCAAAGAAACCCUCGUAGAGUACUUUAAAUCUCCCGACAUCAGCAGCUGGGACGAUGCCGUGGUCGCGUCCUCUCCCGAUCUCUUGCUUUUCCGUAAAGACAUAGAUGACCGUCGCGGCAGAUGCUUCUUCUUGCUAAAUCCUUCUACAGGGGAGCGGCUGAUCCUCCCGGAGUCUCCUAAUUCCGGUGAUCGUUGCACUUUGGGCUUAGAUUACGUGCCUUCCAUCGGGAGGUUCAAGGUGGCCAGAUUUUUUCCCAGUGCAAAAGCGAACGCCAGAACGCAAUGUGAGGUUCUCGUUGUAGGUGUUGACCGAUCUUGGCGGCCUACGAAGGAUUAUCCUUUUGCCGUGAUCCAUCGUCUUGACCAAUAUUCACUGCUCAACGGAGCCAUACAUAUGGUUUCUUCUUCUCUCCCCGGGGGUAUCGCCGUGUUCAAUCUGCAUAGGGAAAUUUGGAGGAUGAUCCAGUUUCCGUGCGGCUUUUGCUUCCGUGAGAACCGCUGGGCCGCCGAAGGGCACAUGGACCUGAGGGAGCUAACAGGCUCGCUUUAUCUCUCGCGCUUCACUCCCAUGAAGUUGGAGAUAUGGGUGUUGAAGGACUAUGAGAACGAAAACUGGACGAUGCAGUACAACAUUGAUACCUUGCAGUUGUUUAGGAUGAUUUGGCACGAUAUCGAGUGCUACACGAGGGUCCACCCGUUGAUGAUAAAGGACGACGGAAAAAUCUUGAUAGCAGUAUCUACUCCGAGCGCAGUGUUUCAUUAUGAUACGGAGAAGAAAGUUUUCACAGCACUCAAAUAUAUUCCGCAGCCUUGCGUGUAUGUGGAGAACUACUUGCCUUUGAACUAAUUCCGCUUCCGCUUCUUGAUGAUCGAUAGAAGUUUUUUCUUCCAUAAUUUUAUUUCGAGGACAUGGAACUAUUGUGUAAUCGCUUAAAGAUUUUUUCCCAUUUUCAGCUCAAGUUUGGGAUCA